CAUUAGUUGCAGUGAACAUGUCCAUGGAAGUUGCAGACUGCGUUAAGGGGCAUGUGGUGGCCCUGCCGUUCCCCACCAGAAGCCUUGUCAACCCCAUGAUCAACCUCUGCAAAUUUCUCUCUUCAAGAACACCCGACGACCUUAUCAUCACCUUCGUCGUCACCCAAGAGUGGCUCGGCUUCAUCCGUUCUUACCCCAAGCCACAUACUAUUCGCGUCGCCACUAUCCCCGACGUCAUGCCUCCUGACGGCCAGACGGCCCACGAUGUUCCUGGUUUUGUCGAGGCCAUUGCAACAGUGAUGAGACCUACGUUCGAGCAGCUUCUCAAUCAACUUGAGCCGCCGGUUACAGCUAUCGUUGCUGAUGCUAAUUUGGUGUGGCCAGCCGCUGUGGCAAACCUUAGGAAUAUUCCGGUGGCUCUGUUAUGGACGAUGUCAGCUUCGUCCUUCGAAACCUACCGUCAGCUGGAUAUGUUAGCCCCUGGCCCAGAUCGGCGUUUGUCGGUUCAUCUUUUGGACGAGCAAGCUGAUGAGCAAAUCCAGCGGAUCUCUUCCUUACAGCUCACUGAUCUACGAAAGCUACUCUACGAAAGCGAUCUCCGUUUUUUGAAGAUGUCCCUGGAUUGCAUCCCUGGAUUAGCCAAAACCGAUUGCCUCCUCCUCAAUUCGAUCCAAGAGUUAGAAGCUGAACACAUAGAUUAUCUAAAGGCUAUAUUCCCCUUUCGUCUCUAUGCGAUAGGCCCUGCUAUACCUUUUAUGGAACUUGAACCGCCAAGAGAUUCAUCAACCGCCAACUCUGACCACAUUAUAAAGUGGUUGGACUCUCAGCCAGAAACGUCAGUAUUGUACAUCUCUAUGGGUAGUUUCCUUUCAAUGUCUCGUCCCCAGAUGGAAGAGCUGGCAUCAGCUUUGAAAAGCAGUGGCAUUCGUUUUCUGUGGGUGGGUCGUUCAGAUGUUAAGUGGCUGAGAGAGAAAUGUGGGGAUAAGGGACUGGUGGUGCCAUGGUGUGACCAGUUGAAGGUGUUGUGCCAUGUUUCUAUUGCGGGUUUUUGGAGCCAUUGUGGAUGGAAUUCAACUCUGGAAGCUUGCUUUGCUGGCGUGCCAAUCUUGGGAUUUCCAAUAUUUCUGGAUCAGUUUUCGAAUUGCAGGCAUGUUGCAGAAGAGUGGAAGAAUGGGUGGAAGGUGGGUGGUGAGAGAUCAGAGAAUUUUGUAACGAAAGGAGAAAUACUGAAAGUGCUUAAGAUGGUGAUGGAGGUUGAGAGCGAGGAAGGUAAGAAGAUCAGAGAGAAAGCAAAAGAACUCAAGGCCUUGUUUCGCGGAGCGAUUUCUAAAGGUGGUUCCUCUGACAUGAAUAUGGAAGCUUUUGUAAAAGACAUGAUUUAGGAGACCUGGAUACACGCCACUGCCACUGGCUAGCUUAGCCCACUCCCCCACUCAUACACGUCGUGAUUGAGAUGCAGAUUUGUAUUUCAGUCUAUUGUUUAUGUUCUUAACUUCUCAUGCAAUUUUGCUUUUUUAGUUAGUAUUCAUAUUGGAUUGGAUUCACAUAAAUUAUACUAGUGACAUUAAUGCCGAUUA